UUUUAUUCUCCUAAUAAUAUACCAAAAGAACAAAAAAAAAAGAAGUGAAUUCAUCGCUUUCCGCCACACACAAAGUGAGAAUUACUCAAACCCAAAAUUAGGGUUUCAAUCUGUAUAAAAAACCCCCAAUCUGAAUUAAUUCCUGCCUUCUGAUCCAAUUUGAUCCCACUAUGGUCUUAAUUCCAGGCCUUCCCGACGAAAUUGGCCUCGAAUGCCUCGUACGAGUUCCCCGCCGGAGUUUCCCCGCCGUCGCCGCCGUCUGCCGGAGUUGGAACCGCCAGAUUCGGCUUCCUGAGUUCUGGACCCGCCGGAGACUGUCCGGGUCGACCCGGGGAGUGGUCGUUUUGUCGCAGGCCGUUGUUGACCCGACCCGGGAGGUUGGCUCCGAGAAAAGUGUGGCGCCGGUUUACCGGCUGACCGUUUUUGAACCGGGUACGGGUUAUUGGGCGCGGCUGCCGGCGGCGCCGGGGUGCGCCGAUGGGCUGCCGAUGUUCUGCAGGAUCGCCGGCGUGGGGCGCAGCCUGGUGGUCAUCGGCGGGUGGAAUCCGGCGACCGGCGAGGUGUCGAGCGGCGUGCUUGUGUACGACUUCGUCAGCGGCGCGUGGCGGCGCGGCGCCGACAUGCCGGGGUGCCGGCGAUCGUUCUUCGCCUGCGCGGGGUCCAAUUUGGAUGAUCGGACGGUGUACGUUGCGGGAGGGCACGACGGCGACAAGCAGGCGUUGAAGUCCACGCUGGCGUAUGACGUGGCGGGCGACAAUUGGUCCGUCCUGCCGGACAUGUCGGCCGAGCGCGACGAGGCGGAGGGGGUGUUCCACCGCGGCAAGUUCCACGUCAUCGGGGGUUACGCCACGUCCGCGCAAGGCCGGUUCACGACGAGCCGCGAGUCGUUCGACCCGUCCACGUGCCAGUGGGACCCGGUGCAGGACGACUUUUUAGAUUCUGCCACGUGUCUGAAGAAUGUGUCGGGCGACGGAAGUGGGAGCCUCUUUUGGUGCCGUGGUGCUGAUGUGGUUAGCCGAGAGGGAAUGACGUGGCGGAGCGUGGGUGAGGUGCCAGGUGAAGUGCGCAAAACGGUGUCGUUUGUGACAGCGUGGCAGGGAAAUGUGUUAGUGAUAGGGUCAGAUAGGUUUGGUGGGGCCCACAAGAGUUAUGUGUUGAAUUUGAAGAGUUCAAAAUGGGAAAUGAUAAGGUCAAAUGAGGAAUUCUCAGGUCAUGUUCAGUUAGGAUGCAGUUUGGAUCUGUGACAAAUGAGGCUUCCUUCCAUCCAAACGCCGACUUAGGGUUUAAUCAAACCUGAAAUCCGAUCACUCCCAUUCCGCCUCCGCCUCCGCCGGGAGUCAUCUGCUCACCCACAAAGCAAUCGAGUAUUUCCCUGACGUUUG